GGACAGGACUACGCGCCUGGAGGAAAAGGAGGAGGAGGAGGAAAAAAAGAGACCAUAGACUUCCACCUGGGCCUAGAGCGGUUCUUAAAGUAGCGGGGAGAGGCGGGCGGGUUGGGACCACCUUCAAUACAGGCCGCCGGCGGUAUCAUGGCGACCCGGAACGCCCCUCCCCAAGAAUAUGAAAGUGAUGAUGACUCUUACGAAGUGCUGGAUUUAACUGAGUAUGCAAGAAGACACCACUGGUGGAAUCGAGUGUUUGGCCACAGUUCCGGACCUAUGGUAGAAAAAUACUCAGUAGCCACCCAGAUUGUAAUGGGUGGAGUGAGUGGCUGGUGUGCGGGAUUUUUGUUCCAGAAAGUUGGAAAACUUGCAGCAACUGCAGUAGGUGGUGGCUUUCUUCUCCUUCAGAUUGCCAGUCACAGUGGCUAUGUGCAGAUCGACUGGAAGAGAGUUGAAAAAGAUGUAAACAAAGCAAAAAGACAGAUUAAGAAACGAGCAAAUAAGGCAGCACCUGAAAUCAACAAUAUAAUAGAAGAAGCAACAGAAUUUGUCAAACAGAACAUUGUGAUAUCCAGUGGAUUUGUGGGAGGCUUUUUGCUAGGCCUUGCAUCUUAAGGAUAUGAAUAUUCUAUCACAGUGGAGUCACCUCUGAGAAGAGAAAUGGUGGUGACAAGAUGGUCUCAGCAUUACCCAUUGACAGAUUCUCCAGGAUGACAAGAAACAACUAGCUGGACAGUACCAAACUCACUGCUUAGCAUUUUGCCAUCUGAAAUUUGGCAGACAGGUAUCUGCUAUAAAACAAUCUAUAUGGUCUGUGUAUAAUGAUAUUCCUGAGCAAAUCAUGGCUUUCAUUAUUUUUUAAAAACUUGCAUUUGUUUAAAAUUUGCCUAUAAAACACCACUGUUGGACGUAGAUAUGGAGAGAGAAAAAAAUCUGUUGGCUAUAUUCUCCAGUGAAGUAUCAUCCUUAUUUUACUUAAAUAAGAUGUUCUCCACUGUGCUUUUUAGUGUAGUGCCAAUAAUUUAAAAAUUUGUAUUAUAGCUUCAACAGUAGGGCUGACUUUUUUCUUUUUCUUUUUUUUUUUUUGCGGUGCGCAGGCCUCUCACUGUUGUGGCCUCUCCCAUUGCGGAGCACAGGCUCUGGACGUGCAGGCUCAGCGGCCGUGGCUCACAGGCCCAGCCGCUCUGCAGCAUGUGGGAUUUUCCCGGACCGGGGCACAAACCCGUGUCCCCUGGAUCGGCAAGCAGACUCUCAACUGCUGCGCCACCAGGGAAGCCCCUGACUCUUUUUUAAGGAUAUGUUUGCAAUAAACUGAAGAACUAUAAUGCCCUUUUAUGGAAGGAUUUACAAAUAAUAGAAUUAUUAAAGUUAUUAAACAAAUUUAAUACCAAUUUUUAGGUUGUUUUUUCCUGCAAUUCUUACUUUGCUUACUAUGUAAUAACUGUAGUAAAUGCUCUUCUAGGGAAAUACUACAUGUCUAAAGCUAUUUUUCUUUUUUUUGAUGUCUGUAGUUGUAAAAAUGUCUUCUUGUAUAUAAGCUUGUAAUUUUUUUAUUCAUUUGUUUAUCUUGGCAGCCUGGGUAGAAUUAAUUAUUUUGAGGGUACAUAUAGUUGGGUCACUGAUUCGUUUUAUUAACUUUGAGUGAACCAUGUUUUUCAUUUUAAAAAAUCCUAAUUAUUAUUUAGACCCUUUCUUUACAAAGAGGUAAAAAUCACCUUAAAAUACUUAGUAGUAUAGUAUGAAUUUAUUGUCUGAAGAACAGUGAUUUUCUAUAUAAUCAUGAAAUUGUAGUUUAAAGAGAAUCAUCUCUUUGAUCUAGUCUUGAGAUGUAAAUGCUGAGGCUUUCAGCUUUUUAGGUAGCAUUUUAUGUUGGUCCCAACACUAGGCCAGUUGACUUGUUUCUCAGGGCCGAUAUCACACUCCCUCAGAGGGUCCUUGGCCUAGAAAAGCUUUUUGUAUUGUUUGUUUUGUCCAGAGUUCUACGUUGGAAUUGGGAAAAACAGCAGAACAACAUGUGUUGGAAUCUUCAGAUUGGAAAGACUUUGUGGAUACUCAGACUAUCUCCUUUUGAUAGGAAGUCUCUGUAGUAUUUUUUGUGUAUUGUAAACAUAAGGCAUUUCAUACUUUCAAGAUUGUUACAGUCUGUGUGCUUUCAUUUUUGCAAGACUCCUUAAAAUUGAAUGUGGGAUUGAUGUUCAUUUUCUUCCUUUACUCUCAGCGCCUCAGAUAAAAUGCUAAAUAAAAC